AUGUCCAUCACGGACCUGCCAGUCGAGUUGUUGUCUAAGGUCUGUAGCCAUCUACAGCCCUCUGAGUGGCAAGAACUCAGAUUAUCAUGUCGCACCUUGUACAAAUCAUCAUUCGCGGAAUUCACUGCUUGCUUCUUUGAAAGAAUUCACUUCAUCGUGACAAGCGAUAGCCUUGGGGAAUUGGAAGCCCUCGCCAGAAUAGAUGGUAUUCGGGAACGAGUUCACGAGUUGUGGAUGAUUCCCUCCGUGUUUGAUGGCUCCCAUGCGGCAGACGAACAUGCUAUUUCCGAAUUUGCCGUGUCAUCGAAAAGUUGUCAGUCGGUAUCUGGCGAGGAACUUAAGGCUCGGUUUUCAACAUACAAAGCCUUAGUUGCGGACAAUUCAAGCCUUCUAGAGUCGGAGACUUUUAGCACGCGCCUGCGUGGGUGCUUAGGAAAAUUCGAUAACCUUGACACGAUCGGACUUGCACAUUAUUCGACAAGCUUCUUACUCGACCCACGACAAGAAAAAGUUCGAUUUCUUGGCUGGCGCCGCCUUAUCAAUCAAAUCGACUUCCGAUUCGGGAGUAAGAACCUCCAGCCGCUUCAUGGUAGCGGAAGUGUAAUGGGCAAGGUUAAUUCUCUAGCCGCUUCGAGGCUCUUACAAGCACUAAACGGGUCCAAUUGUAGGAUCAGGAAGUUACAGACUUGUAAUCCUGAUUAUUGUGGUAAUAUUGGCCCAGAAAUACUUCUCGCAGAAGAACAAUAUAGCUCUGUUCUAUCCGCUUUGGAUGAUUUAGAGGACCUCCAUGUUUGCACAGCUUUCCGAACCACAAAACCAGUUCAUAUUAUGGAUACGAAUACACCGACUUGGGUCACCAUGCUUAUCCAUGUUGCUGCCCGCCUAGAAAGGCUGACUAUCUCGCAAGACUAUUUCUUUGGAGAGCUUUCUAGCAAAAUCCAAUUUGAUAGCCUGAAAGAGCUCCAUCUGCAUAAGACUUGGAUCAAUUCCGAGGAUUUAAAAUCAUUUCUUAUGAAAGCCAAGAAAACCCUCACUUUUUUCACACUAUUUGAGGUAAUCAUGGAAGGCAUCUCGCCAUUAUCAUUGCCGGACCAUUCAUCACUUUGGUAUUCGCCAACCCCAAAAUGGCUUUUGCAUUCUUCAAUUCCGCCUUCUACGACCUCAACCUCAACAGCCUAUAUUCCAACAUCCUCUACCUACACUCCAACAUCCUCCGCCUAUAACCCAACUUCGCCCUAUAGUCCGACCUCAACAGCCUUCACUCCAACCCCAAUAGCAAACACUUCAGUCUCAACUCCAUAUUAUGCCCAACCAGCUAGGCAAGUACUACCCAGACAAGAUUACACCCCUUCGGCCCUUUACAUACCCCCUACAGAUCAUGAAGAUGCUCUUUGGAAGUCUAUUUGGAACUUUUUCGGUGAAAACCUAUCGCUACAGAGGUUCUCCAUAGCAAAGGUCGCAGACGGUACCCGUCAGAUCUCUAUCCAAAGGACGGAUGGCUUAAUCAAGCCCAGUGAAAAUGCUAUCUUUGAUGCUGAAACUGCUGGAAUGUCGUUCCAUCAAUGGAUCGACCAAUUUACCCCGAUGCAUUUACUGGAUUCGCCUAGUCCUACAGUAUGGCCCGAUAACGAUCAAAAGGCAUGGUUUAACAGAAUGAUGCAUGCAAACAGCAGCUCCGUGAGCCCUGCCAUGUGUGACUGUGAAAAUGCAGCUAGAGGAUGCGAUUUUGGAUGCGAGUAUGAGAAAUUGAUACUAUAA